AUGCCGCUCGAGGAGAUGGUCUUCGGCGAAGAAAUCUCCAGGCAGGAGGAUGAAGCCUCCGGAUGGAUUGUUGCCCACUCUCGGAAGAAGCAGCGUCAGGAUUUUACGCCCGGCGACAGCCCUGGCCCCAGUGCCGGUCAUCGUGCCGCCCGUCCAGCGCACCCGAAGGGGCCGAUAAACAAGCUCAUCGCCGCGUCGCGCCUGCCGCGAUUGCCUAAAGAUCACUACCGGGUUGUCGUACGUCCCAAGGGAGGCAUGGAUGUGCGCAAGGAAGACAUAACACGGGCGGACUAUGACGAAGAUGAGGAAGACAUCUUAGCCGUGGCGGCUGAGCACGGUGACAGAGCGGCGGGCUGCCCCUCGCUGCAUCCUGCGCCGCCGCUGGAGAUGCGCUCGUCGCCGGCCGAAGCCGCCGCUGCCGCCGCCGCCGCGAUGGCGUUCCAGCCGUUCCUGAGACCAACCCCACCGGACUUCUCGGUGCACUCGCUUCUCAGUGGUGCCGCCGGUGCACAGGCGUCGCCGUACUUCGCCGCCGCAGCGGCCGCCGGAUUUCCCGCCGCGGCGUUAUUCCCAAAGUUGCACCCGGGGCCGGGGCCCCCGUCGCUCUCGGCAGAGGAGUUGCUCGCGGCUGCCGCUGCACACCGCGGUGGACCCCUGUUGAGACCGCCUCCCGGGCUGGAGCCCGAAGACGACGGGGUGCAAGACGACCCCAAAGUGACGCUCGAGGCCAAGGAACUGUGGGAGAGGUUCCAUGCGUUCGGCACCGAGAUGGUGAUCACCAAGUCAGGCCGGCGCAUGUUCCCCGCCUACAAGGUCCGAGUGUCCGGCCUGGACAAGAAGUCCAAGUACAUCCUCCUCAUGGACAUUGUGGCCGCUGACGACUGUCGGUACAAGUUUCACAACAGCCGGUGGAUGAUCGCCGGCAAAGCCGACCCCGAGAUGCCCAAGCGGAUGUACAUUCACCCGGAUUCGCCGUCUACGGGUGAACAGUGGAUGCAGAAAGUGGUUUCCUUCCACAAGCUCAAGCUCACCAACAACAUCUCCGACAAGCACGGCUUUGUGAGUAUGCCCAUUUCUCUUUCUUUAAUAGAGCUGGGGUAG